UGGUCAGCGAUCACCUCACGGACAAGAGCGCCAAGCCGCGAGGAGACCCUCCUAAAUGCUCGCCGGCGAGCAAAUUCCCUGAUGUGGCGCGAUCCAUUCUCGAGGAAAAUGUAGCGAACAGGGGGAGAGGGGCGUGGUCAUGUGUUGUCGAGGAAAAAGCGUGGGCGUGUUUGUACCUUUGGGUCUGUGGGAAAGGGGGGGGUCUGAUAGGUCUCCUCUGUCUGCACUGUGCCCGCGCCCUGCUCACUGCGAGCGCCCUGUUCAUGAAAUCUGUCAACUCGGGCAGCAGCUGGAUUCUCCGAUCCCAUCACCGCGACAGCCCCGUUCCCCCAGAGCCCCUCACCCCCACCUACACAAGCCCCCGUCUUGCCCCCCAGCCGCCCAACGCCCAACCCAGCCCCUCAAAGGCGGCAUUCAGAGCCGGCUUUUCCUCCGUAUUCCGCAAGCCGAAGCCGCCCUCCAUCCACUCCGCCUACUCCGCUUCUACCACUACCACCUCCAGCGACAAUCACUCCACCCAUCCCUACUCCGCCAUCCACAUGCCGCCCCUCCCAGUCGUAUCCACCCACAACACCCCCGACGACGACGAAGAGUGCCCCGUCUGCCUCGAGCCUCUCAGCUUCUCCUUCAGGCUCCCCGGCGAAAAGCCCCACAUCGUUCCAGAGUGCGGCCAUGCCCUCCAUGAGGCCUGCUUCACCGCCGUCUAUGGCCCUCCCCCAAACCAGCACCAGGGCCGCAAUGCACCCAGGAAAUCGAAUCUCGGAGUCUGUGGGGUCUGCAGGAGACCGAUGAAGGUCGGUGAUGGAGACAGUGGAAAGUCCAACAGGCUCGCAUCGCUCACCGGCAUGGGCGACAGUCGCGCCGCACCGCUCUACCCCGGCCGCGACACCCCCACAGCUCGUGGGCGCAACCCACCGCGGCCAUACGAUCCAACAGAAGACGACCCCCUCGACCACACAGGCUCCGUAAAAUCAGGCGGUCCCUCGGACCACCACCAGUACAUCGUUGCGCCCUCCAUUCAAGUCCGCCCCGAGUUCUCCUCCCUCACACGCACCAACGACGUCAACCAGCCGCUAACAUGCAUAGUCGUCAUCGAGUUGCCCGGCAAGCGAGCAGCAGGCAGUGUCCCCGGCCCUGUCAUCCCCGAUAAUUAUGGCAGGAAUGGGAACGGUGCCCACAGCCACCAUUCUGGUUCUGGGCAUUCAAGUCCCCAGCCGGACCAGAUGAUGCGCCAGAGAAGGACGCAGCACGAGGAGCCCCCCGUCUACCAGGGCAGGCAACUGUCUACCCCCCACAGUGACCAAUUUGGCGGGCCCUCGUCCUCGAACGGACAUGACUCUGCAAACUAUGGCCCCAACACACUCAUCCACUCUGAGGAGGAUUCACCGUUCACUGCCAUCACAGAGGACCUCAGAAAUCGCAUCAUUGAUUGGAAGGGCCAUCCACUCUCUGAUUUGGGUCCACUACAGAUGUACGAUCUCCUCUCCGUACGCCGCGAGUCGGCUAUCCGCGAAUUCUACGUCUAUCUAUUCAAGGAGGCGAUUAUAUGCGUGGUUGAGGAGAAGAAGCGGGGUCUUGGGAGAUUACUAUCAAAUGCAUCUGGCCUGACCGAUACAGGCAGCAUCCCAUCCACGAUGGGCCAGUCGAAGGGCGUCCUUCGCCUCAAGGGAAGAAUCUACGUGCGGCACAUCAAGAACGUCACCGCCUCAUCAGCGGCUGGGGAAAUGAGCUUAACCAUCGACAUGGAAGACGAACUGGCUUCUUUCAUAUUGAUCUUCAAGGACCGAUCGUCACUCGAAUCAUGGAAAAAUAACAUACAGGCCCUCGUCAACAUGUUCCAAGCACAGAACGGGAUUGCACGCCAACCAGAGCCGGAAAGACCGCUUGAUAUUGAGGAGUUUGGAGGGAGCUCUAAGGCGAUGCGUAUGUUAAGUGGGAGUACCCAGACGACGGUGAGUACGGUCGACAGUCUCCUGAACGGGAGCUCAAGAUCGACGAUGUCGUCUUCAACGUCUCAUGGAUCGAUGAGCCGACAGAACCUCAAUAAGCUAGCGACACUCGGAGAGGACGACGAGCUGAGCGCAUACGACAGCCCAACACAUCUAGUUACGCCACACACGUCCUCUGGACCGUCCAACUCCCUGACACCCCUCCCGCACCCCUCCAUGGACCUCAUCCUCGUCAUUUCUCUGCCGCCACCGACAGCCCUACCAAGUACCGCACAGCUCAAAGUCCGCGUGAUCAAGGCCACGCUGGACUUUAUCGUCGCGUCGCUAGGCCCCAAGGACCGCUUAAGCUUGGUUACCUUCGAGGUCGGUGUUGGAGGACGGGUUAGGAAGACACCGUUCCUGGGCGUCGGCAAGGCGCAGAGCAGGGCGCGCCUCGAGAAGUUUGUAGACGAGACGGGAGCGCGCCUCGAGGAGUCCCGCGAUGAAUUUAUGGUGCGUGGCGCGAAGGAAGAGAAGACGGACGUGGUUACCGCUGUGAACCAUGGUCUCGAUGUUGUUCUGCAACGCAAGGCACGCAACCCCGUUUCGGGCAUGCUGCUUAUCAGCGACGCGUCCGACAGCACACGCCGCGCGCAGAUGGACCUCGUCCUUGCGCGCGCCGAGGCCGCCAACGUCCCAAUACACUCGUUCGGCUACGGCCGCUCGCACGACCCCGCCUCCCUCUGGCUCAUGUCGAAUCACACGAGCGGGACGUACACAUUCGUCAAGGACUGGUACGACCUGCGCGACUGCGUCGCAGGGUGCGUCGGCGGGAUGAUGUCGAUCGGCCUCCUCAACAUGAAGCUCCAUCUAAAGAUCGUCGACGCGCACCGGUUCCGCAUCCGCAAGGUCUCCGGCGGGCCGCAGUCCAUACUCUCUGCGGACGGGCAGAACGUCGACAUCGAUGUGGGAGAGUUGAGAUAUGGGGAGAGGAAGGAGAUGCUGAUCGAGCUGGAGCUGGAUAAUACGGACCAGCAGCGGAUGGGGCAGCGCGGAGGACAUAGGGACCGCGCGCUGAACGCGACGGACCAGUUCGUGCAGGCGAUGGGGCUCGACGCUCUCGCGAUCGACGACGCGGACUUUACGGAUGGGAUGAUGGACCGCAUGAUCGACGAGGUGCCCGUCGUCGAGGUGGACGGGUCGUUCUUCGACCCCGUCGCGGCGAAGAACGUGUCGCGCCUCGCGCACCCCGUCCUACUCACCAUCACCCUCCUGCCCUUGACCCCCGGCGGAGCGGCGAACGGUGGUCGGCCCCAGUCGGCCGUGUCCGAUCCGCUCAUUGUGCGAAGGCGCAUGGAGCUGCUGGCAUCGGAUAUGAUCACACGCGCGCUGGUGCUGGUGUCGAGGCGGAACUUCCCACAAGCGCAGAAGAUCAUGGGCGAGACGAAGCGGAUUCUACACACGGUGCUGCAGAGUAUCUCGAAGGGCCUCUCGGCACCGCAUGCGGCGGGGGGAAGGAACAGGAAGGAGAUGUUGACGCUGGCGACGGUUAGGGCGAUGCAGAGCAUCUUGCAGGACUUGCAGAUCUUGUCGGAGGCGCUGGAGGAUAACGUUGAGUUGUUCGCACAUGAUCAGAGGAACUUUGGAGCUCAGCAGGCUAUGAUCCUGAGAGACCAGAAGGCGUGGAGUGGAAGGAGCGCGACAGAAAGAUUGUUCUGGACGACAGACAACUCGAUCGAGCUAGUGUCGAGGAGCACAGAUUGGGUGGCGCGGGAGUAAU